GUAUCCGCGGCCACAUCAUUGAUAAUUAUGUUUGUGACUUUGACCCCUGCUAGAGCAUAUAUUAAGCUCAUCUUGCUCUCUAGCGGGUAUCAUUCACCAUGAAGACCGCCGUCGUGCUCGUUGCUCUCUUCGCCAUCUCGCAGGCUGCCCUUGUCAGGCGGGAAGCACCCGAGUUUCCUUCGCUCGAGGAGCUUGUGAAAACGGCCCAGGAAAAUGUCAAGACCUUCACUGACCAGGUUUCCGCGCUCUUCACCCCUGGAGAUGAGCAGAAGGCUGCUUUCGCCAAGGUGGGAGCUACCCUGAGCAACCAGACCGCGAUCUUCACCACGAACCUGCAAAACUUGGUGGACAACCUGAACAACGCCGCUCAGGAUAACCAGGCGCUGAAGGACACCGCCGAGCGGCUCAACUCGACCCUCCGCGGCCUGAUUGGCGAGCAGAACGCCCAGCAGGCCCAGGAGGCCACCGCCGAGCUGUCCACCAAGGUGCAGACCGCCGUCUCCACCGUCGUUGAAGAAGCCUCCAAGAUCGCGAAGAACGUCGAGACCGAGACGGCGCCCAUCAGGGCUGAGGUGCAGCAGGCCACCAAGCAGGCCGUCGACCAGGCUGUCGAGCUCGCCAAGUACUUCCAGGCGCAGAUCCAGAGCGCCAUCUCCGGCAGCACCCCUGCACCCUCUACGUAAAUAAAGCCCCUGACUGUAUUUUACCAUUUAAUAAAUCUGAAAUUUUCCGUG